AUGGCCGGCCGCUACUCGCGCGACUCCCUCGAGCUGGCGUCGCUGGCCUCGUCGUCGCACGCCUCGCGCCGCACGUCCGAGGGGUCGUCGGCCUCGGGCGCGCCGUCCUCGCGCAGGCUCUCCUUCGACGACGAAGACCCGCUCUCCGAACUGAACCCUGCCGGCCACGGCGAAGCUGCCCGCCCGCAGCGCAAUCGCUCCUACAGCGUCUCGUCCGCCUUUGACUUUGCCCCCAACCUCUUCCCGCUGUCCAGCACCGCCCAGGGCUACACUGCCCUGGGCGCCCCCGCGAACCCCGCCCUCGACCCGUCGAAUGCCCUCAGCGGCGGCUCGCUGGAGCGGAACAAGAGCCUGACCUUCCUCAAUGGCCUCUCGCUGGUCGUGGGGCUCAUCAUAGGCAGCGGCAUCUUCUCGUCGCCCUCGCAGGUGAACAAGAACGCCGGGUCGCCCGGCGCCUCGCUCAUCGUCUGGGUCGUCGCGGGCGUGCUUGCCUGGACUGGUGCCGCAAGCUACGCAGAGCUCGGAGGCGCCAUCCCGCUCAACGGCGGCGCACAGGUCUACCUCUCCAAGAUCUUCGGCGAAUGGGCCGGCUUCCUCUUCACCUGGUGCGCAGUCACCGUGCUAAAGCCCGGCUCGGCAGCCAUCAUCGCAAUCAUCUUCGGAGAAUACCUGGUCCGCGCCGUCGUUGGCGCCGAAGCCGUCGACGCGAGCACAUGGCUGAACAAGACCGUGGCCCUCGUCGGCCUCGUGCUUGUCACGCUCUUGAACUGCAUCUCCACUAAGCUGGGCACACGCAGCGCCGACGUUUUUAUGAUCCUCAAGUUUGUCGCCCUUCUGGGCGUCACGGCGAUUGGCAUUGUCGUGGCAGCCACUGGUCUCUCCUACAAAGGCCAGGCCAACCAGGACUGGAAGAACCGCGGCUGGUUCGACGACACCAACACCAACAUUAGCAACUGGGCCGUAGCACUCUAUGCCGGCUUGUGGGCCUUUGACGGCUGGGACAAUGUCAACUAUGUCACCGCCGAGUUCAAGAAUCCAAGCCGUGACCUUCCGCGCGUAAUCCACACUUCGCUACCCCUCGUCAUUCUCUGCUACAUUCUCGCCAACAUAUCGUAUUUCCUCGUUCUUCCCACCUCUGUCAUCGAGUCCUCCAAUACCGUUGCAGUCGCAUUCGGCUCUCAGGUCUUUGGCCCCAUUGGUGCCCUUAUUCUUGCCCUGUUUGUCUCAGGAUCAUGCUUUGGCGCCCUGAAUGCGACGACCUUCACCUCUGGUCGACUCGUGUAUGCUGCCGGCAAAGAGGGCUACCUGCCCGCCAUGUUCGGCAACAUUGGCCUAGGAAAGAACCACAAGGCCAUACGCCUACACUCAAUGAAUGCUGGUACUGGAAUGACCAGACUGCCAAGGAAGUUGGUCGACUGGUUUGCAGACGCGGAUGCUGGCUUCUUCUUCACACCCGUAUCCGCCAUGAUACUAAACGCUGCACUUACGGCUGUAUACAUCCUGAUCGGCUCCUUUGAUACUCUCGUCACUUUCUACGGCGUCGCAGGCUACACUUUCUACUUCCAAACCGUGCUCGGUCUUAUCAUAUUACGCGUCCGUGAGCCUGAUCUUGAACGUCCCUACAAAACAUGGAUUACUACACCAAUCAUAUUUUGCUGCGUAAGCCUGUUCCUACUGAGUAGAGCGGUCUUUGCAGAGCCGAUCCAGACACUACUCGUUGUGGCCUUCAUGGUCGUCGGGCUAGUGAUAUGGUUUGCAUGGGUCGGGCGACGCCGAGGCAAAGAAAAGGAGCGGUUCAGACAAGGUGGCACAGAAAAAGUUGGGUGGAUGUUUUGGAAGAGAUGGAGCGGAUAAUUAAUGUUGUUUACGUUAGUCAAUGAAACUAUGUCAUGUCAAA